UUUGCGAACAUUUUCUGUUACAUUGCUUGCUCUAUCUCUUCCUCAUCCGAUAGCAAUCUGAAUUCUUAUCGGUUUCUGUUGUAAAACUAUCUAUUAUGCAUUUAGGAUUCUGGUUGGUCUUUUAGAAGGUAAAUAAUAAUCAUCUUCGGUAGACUUCUUUUUUGAGGGGAAAAAACAGAGAAUCGGCCGGCCUUUCGCUUUUCACUCGUAAAAUGCAGAUGAGUUGAUGAAAAAUUUGCGGCAACGGCUUCGAACUAUUUACUCGGGUUUUGAUUUAUCAAUGCUUCAAAUAUGUUUUGUUGUUCAGGUUCUUUAUGGAAGCUUCACGCUAUAUUUCCUGCAUGUCUUUGCUGAGAGGGAUUUUCUUAAUAUGGUUCCCUGUAAGCCGUUUGCUUGAUCAAGCACUUUCAAUUGAGAUAGGGGGCUCUGCACAUUCCGACCCUAUCAAUCGUGACGCUAAGGCUUGUAACUUCAAUCAAAUUCUGACUCAAUCCUACUAUGAGAGAUAUAAUUUCUUGGAUGAUCUCGAUUUUGACACUUUCCUGUCUCAAGAAAUCCCAUGUGGUAUCUGUGAAGUGCUUCCAGAUAACCAUAAAUCUAUUUUAAAAGUGUCAGAUCUAGAGCGAAACCUUGUUGGAGAAGGUUCUCAUCGUCAUUUAUCGACUUCAAUCAAAUUUCAAACUCAACCUACGAAUUCAGUAUCUGAACGAAUAAACUAUUCAUGUCAGCUCAUAAUUAUUGAAAGACUUCCCUCUGGGGUUUUUGCUGAUCCAUUCGAACUGCAACAUCUUGUUCAGCGUCGUGUGUUUCAUGAUAUAGCUGUCUUUGGAGAUACCAAUUUAGAAUUGCCUUCAUUUAUGUCCAAUCGUUCUGCUGUUGAAAUCCACUUAAAUGUUGAUCCAAACAUCUUUUAUCAGUCAGCUGACAUCAAUUUGGAACUUCCGUUGCACGCGCGAUAUCAACCUUUAAAUGAAAGUGGCUAUUCGACAGUUAAAUUCGGUACCCCAGAUGUGUUGGUACAUUGCGGCACAAGGGAAAAUGUGGAGAAUCAGAGCUGUUUCUCCAGAGCUACAAGUGAGGAUGCUAAAAUGAGUGGUGGUGAUAUUGUCUGGAGAAUACCUUGUGGAAGGAAGGCCCAUGCUCUCCUUGUUUCUACCUUUACAUUUUUGGCAGCCUUAUUGUCAACUCUCGUAAUUGUUUGUACUGCAUUAUGUCAUUCUAACGUCAAACCCUACAAAGGCAGAAAGCAAGCAUAGUGUGUUGAGGUUAAAUUCUCACUUUGUUAACUUUUA